UAUCCUUUGUUCCACUUAAUUACUGUAGAAGAAACAUUUGUACUUUCCCCCUGCUUUACAUAGGUUUCACUUCUGUUGUGAACACCCAGCAGAGAAGAGCUCGCUCUCCAACUCUGCAACUGGCUUUGGACUGAGGAAGCAAGGGAAGAAAAAAGUGAAUGCCCAAUAAUUGGAGAAACAUUUUUAAGCUAAACAAAGGAAUUUAUCUUUUAUUCUAGAGACAAUGGCUGUAGACGUCUCAAAAAUGCAACAAACACAGCCGGUGGUCAUCAUGACUCAGCCCCAGAGGGGGGGUAUCUGUCCUCAGAGCUCCACCUGGCAGACGGGUCUUCUAGACUGUUUCAGUGACUGUGGAGUCUGCCUCUGUGGGACCUUCUGUACUAUCUGCCUGUCCUGCCAAGUGGCUUCUGACAUGAACGAAUGCUGUUUGUGUGGAACAAGUGUAGCCAUGAGGACCCUCUACCGGACCAGAUACGGCAUCCCUGGAUCUAUUUGCAAUGAUUUCAUGGCGACUGUGUUCUGUACUACAUGUUCCCUUUGCCAAAUUAAGAGAGAUAUUAACAAGAGAAAGAAUAUGAAUGUUUUCUGAAUAAGCUAACGAUGAAGUUUGUUAAUGAAGAAACAACUGAAAAAUUAUUUCUUUAGAUAUUCCUCUAAUUCUUGCUUCUAAAUUGCUACAUGCCAAAAAGAUGUUUAAUCACAAAUGAGUGCCAUGGAAGUGAAGCUCUUCUUUAUUUCUAAGACCUCUGCCCAGAAGACUUUAUUUAACCUGCAACUUACUGUGAUUCUUAUAAUAAUUUUUGAUUUGUAACAUGUGGCUUGACCUUUUUGAAUGUAAAACAAAUAAAGAAUAUUCAGAUAAGA